UACUGGGACUGGUACUGCCAAUGUGGGCCAUUGCUCUAAUAUCAGUUGGCAUAUCGUUAAUAUUUGCCGUCUUAGUCUGGAUUUUUGUGUGCCCCUGGAUGAAGAGAAAAAUAGAAAGCCAGUUAAAGAAAGAUGCUGCACUGUCAAGGAUAUCAGAUGAAAGUCUUGAUAAAAUUCAAGAUGAAGAAACACCAGUCUUUAAAGAGCUUCCCGGUGCCAAAGCAUCUGAUGAGAGCACGAUUCCCCUUACUGGCUCAGUAACAGAAGCUCCUGGGGCAUCAGAUACUAUUGCAAAUGGAAACCAUCCACGUGUACCAUAUGGAAGGGCAUUUUCAAUGACACACACCUCGGUGAAGUCACCUGUUUCCAAUGGCACCUUCAGCUUCGAUGGCCAGAUGAGGAGCGAUGGCCAUGUUUAUCACACUGUGCACAAGGACUCAGGUUUAUACAAAGACUUACUCCACAAAAUACACUUGGACAGGGCCACUGAUGAGAGGCCCGCUCAAGAAAACAACUACAAACUGUUACGACGCAACAACAGUUAUACUUGUUAUACAGCUGCUAUUUGUGGUAUGCCUGUGCAUUCCUCCUUUAAGGCAGCGGAUACGUCAACUCCAGAGGACAGUGAGAAGUUAGUGGGGGACACUGUUUCCUACUCCAAGAAGCGAGUUCGCUAUGACAGCUACUCCAGCUAUUGCAAUGCAGUGGCCGAGGCGGAGAUCGAGGCGGAGGAAGGUGGGGUGGAAAUGAAGUUGGCCUCUGAACUCGCAGAUCCUAACCGGCCCCCAGUUGAUCCUGUGGAAGAGGACAAAGAAGAGAAAGACACGUCUCAGGUCCAUCUACUUUUCCACUUCCUCCAGAUCUUAACAGCCUGCUUUGGAUCUUUUGCCCAUGGAGGUAAUGAUGUCAGCAAUGCAAUCGGUCCCCUCGUUGCGCUCUGGCUGAUCUACGAGCAAGGUGGUGUAAUGCAAGAUGCGUCAACUCCUGUCUGGCUGCUGUUUUAUGGAGGUGUUGGGAUCUGUGUGGGUCUCUGGGUCUGGGGUAGAAGAGUUAUCCAGACCAUGGGUAAAGACCUCACUCCAAUCACACCAUCAAGUGGAUUCACUAUUGAGUUGGCUUCGGCGUUCACAGUUGUGGUAGCUUCCAAUGUUGGACUUCCUGUCAGUACUACACACUGCAAGGUCGGCUCCGUGGUGGCCGUCGGCUGGAUCCGCUCCAAGAAAGCCGUCGACUGGCGCCUUUUCCGUAACAUCUUCCUGGCAUGGUUUGUGACUGUGCCGGUGGCCGGCUUGUUCAGCGCCGGGGUGAUGGCGCUGCUGAUGUACGGGAUCCUGCCUUAUGUCUGAAGAGCCUCCUUCGUUGGGAAAAGGGGAAACGGCCAACCGAGGGGAGAAGCAUUCCCAUGAAAGAACCAGUCGGAGAAGAUCCAUCUUCCAUAUCUAACUUCUUAUCUACUGUACAUAACAAUGUGUCAUAUUGGUGACAUGGUGAUGUGGUGCCAUUUCUUAUAUAUUAAAGAAAUAUAUAUGCAUAUAGUAGGUAACAAUACCUAAGUUAUAUUAUCAGUGGGGUGAAAAUAAUUGCCUAGAAUUUAAUAUUUAGUAAAAUUUGUACAUAGUGUAUCAUUUUGGUGGCAAUUUUUUAAUCUUUUGAAGAAGAGUAUGGAUUAGGAAAUGUUUCUUGUCCAUUUGAUAUAAGAAGAAGCGAGGUACAGGACUGCAUAACACAUGAAUUUUUUUAAAGCUAUUAAGAUACUGGAACAAAAUAAAAUGUGCAGAAGUGCUUUUCAUAAAAUAACUUUGUUCAUAUCAUAUUGAUCUUUGUGUAUCAUAGCGUGAUGGUUAUGGCUGUGUAAAUACUUACAGACAGUAACUUUUAAAUGGUGCAUUUCCCUUAUAUAUUUUGGAUAAGAAAGUUUAGGAAGUACCAAAGAAGCAGGGGAAUAGCUUGCCAAUAUUAUGUUCUUGUCUACACGUGUGGGCAUGUGUUGUUUUUCCCCCCACCUCUAAUUCAACAUUGUUUUCACCAAGCUCCCGCCACCAAGGGAUAAUACUGUUCAUGUCUUAAUGUAACUUAAAAAAAAAAAAAGCACACAAAAAAGUUCGUUCUCGUUACUUAGUAGGCAAACCACAGUUCUCCACAUUAGCUCAUAGUAGACCGAUUUCAUUUUGUGGGUUGAAUUUGAAGUAUCUCACUGCUCACCUUCUACCUUUCCCCUUCAAAUCUCAGCUCCCGGCUGCCCUGCCAUCACUUCCAGCAGGGGAACGGACUGUCAAUCUCCCCUUUUUCUGCCCACCCAGCCACAAACAACCGCACACUCUCAGGUACAGGAGCGGGACUGUGG